AAAGGGGUGGUCGGACUCAUUUUACGGGCCCUGAGAUUUGUGUUUUUAAGAGUUUGUGUGGGAUUGAGCUAGUAAGGGUAAGUUGUGUGGGUAUCUUUCAGGCUUAGGAAGUUUACACAACAAAUUAAUUGGCGCCCAAUAGCGUGAGGCAUCAGGGAAACGCGGAAGUAGGUUGUUUUUUAUUGAAAGUUUAAAGUUCAUUGUAGGCAGGAUUUAUUGUGCGACGGGUAAGAUUUUAUUUGGUAUCCGACACGAUAAGUUUAAAGGAUUUUUUUUUAACGCAAUUAUUUGAAGAGGUUUUUGGUUGUGACAGGUUAAGAAAGGGUUAGGUAGUAACGUUAUUGCGAAGGGUAGUUGAGUAGAGACAGGGAAGUUAAACAAAAAUUUUUAUAAGAUUUGGAAAAGAAAUAAAAGUGACAGCGAGCGUAGAGACGGUUAUUUGUUAUAUUUUUGUAUAAUUAUAACAGCGUAAAUUAUUAACAAGAGAAGAUUAUGGAUUCGAAGCCCGAGAGUGGAAUUGAUGUACCGACGGACGUCAGCGCAGAAAUAAUACCGGGGUCAGUCGACGUGCCGGAAGGAAAAGGAGAGGUCUCUACAAUGGGAUUAACGACAAUGCAGGAAGGGUUCUUUGCUCAAAUGAUAACGAUGAUGAGUGAGAUGAGGACAGAGAAUAAGCAAAUGAAUAACCAACUGGGGGACAAAUUGAGCGGUCAGAUAAAAGAGAUAAAUAAGAAGAUAGAGAACCAGAAUAAAACGACAGCGGAAUUAAGACAGGACGUGGUGAGAAUCAUGAACGAGAUUAGGCAAGACAUGCAGGAGAGCGUCAGAGAGGUAGAAAAGAAGACCGAUGGAAAUACGAGGGAGAUUAGAGAAUUAAGGACGGAUAUGGCCGAGAACAUCAGCGUGCUGCACCAACAUCACGAAGGGGUGAACAAGCGAGUGAUGGAGGUAGAGAACCAGAUUAGGAUGGAGGUCAGCUACACGCAGCAGGAGUUUGAAAAAGUUGAAAAGGGAUUUUGUCAUAUGCAAGAAGUCUGCAACAAAAAUAAAAGUACGAGUGAGGAAGAAUUAAAAGAACUACGGAAGGAAUUGGAGAAUAAGCCGAGACAGGGAGGAAUACAGUACGCCAACAAUUUUAAAGGGGACCUAGAUCGUCUGGAACAGUUCACGGGUAAGGGAAAAGUCCACCCUAUGACGUUUCUAAAAAUUUUAGAGGCGACGAUCCUAAACAACAGGCGAAUUUUUGGGAAACUAUUCACGAACGUGGACGAAAUCAGCUUGAUAAGAAGUGUUCUAAAGGAAGACGCGCAGAUUUGGUAUGACACGGUGGACGAGAAGAUUGCCAACUUCGAGUCAUUCAAGGAAAAUUUUAUAAGCCAAUACUGGGGCGAUUGGGAGCAAAAUAAAACACGGGACCAAUUAAACAUGGGAAAGUAUAACCGAAAUAGGGGUAGCCGUGUGAAGUACCUGAUGGAAAAUUAUUCACAAUUUAAACACCUAGAAAAUGGGAUACAGGAAUCAGUGCUGGUAAGGCGGCUGGCAAAACAUUAUGAAGAGGAGAUUUCCCAGAAGGUCACGAAGGACGACAUCACCACGUACGAAGAAUUUUUAAGGAUGCUCAAACGUUACGACACGGCUGACGAGGAGAAGGACGCCGCCUACGAUUAUAAGAUCAGGGAGCAAGGACGGCAGUAUGAAAAACAAGGAUACGGAAACCAGUGGAGAGGAAACAGACCAUACGGAGCGUAUCAAGAAACCUGGCGAGGUUGCUACCCCUUGUCCGGACGAAGAAAAGGGGUGGUCGGACUCAUUUUACGGGCCCUGAGAUUUGUGUUUUUAAGAGUUUGUGUGGGAUUGAGCUAGUAAGGGGAAGUUGUGUGGGUAUCUUUCAGGCUUAGGAAGUUUACACA